AUGAAUCGUCCGGUCGUUUUGCUAAUUCUCCAAGUGGUGAUAGUAUUCGAAGUGAGAGCAGCUGCCGUUUUUACUGAACAUCCUUAUCAUGACGAACCGUAUUUCCCGACCGAUUUGGAUGGUGUAAAUUCCCGCCAUGAUCUUACGGAUGAGCUAAAGUGGAACAAAUCACUGCUUACAUACAGCAUAGUCAAUUAUCCUUCUGGAGUGUCAGCGGAUUUGAUUCGGUCUACAAUUCGCCAAGCGUUCGAUUCAUGGAGCCAGGUUACCAAUUUGGACUUUGAAGAACAAGUCGGAUCACCUCAACUGGUAGACAUUCAACUAAGUUUCGAGGGCAUGAACCACUACCGCAGGAAUAUACCGUGUCGAUUCAGUCAGGAACUUACGCUGGCCCAUGCAUUCUUCCCGGAGGUUGGAGACGUUCACUUCAACACUAAAUAUUUUUUCUCCGAUGACACCACAAUAGAGCAGUUCCUUAACACAGCGGUUCAUGAGAUCGGGCACUCGCUUGGUUUAACGCACUCUUCAUCUCGUGACUCUAUCAUGUAUGGAGCUCAGUUGAGCGAGCUUCGCUCGAAACCCCAACCGGAAGAUAUAAAGGCAAUUCAAUCUAUUUACGGAAUUCGAUCAAUACAACCACCACGUACGCCAAUAGUCACGCCUUCAACCACUUCGCAACCGACGGUAAACACCCCGAAACCACGCACCACCACCGAUCUCUGUUCACUGACCUCCUUCGAUACGAUACUGAUCGAUCAUCGAGGUGAUGUUUGCAUCCUAGCGGGUCGGUUCUACUACAAUCUGAACGAGACCAAUCCUCCGCCGCGUAAACUCUCCGCCAAAUGGCCCGGUCUCCCGGCGAAGGUGGACGCCGGCGUAACUUAUCGGGAUCAGAAAACGUACUUCUUCAAGGGUAAACAGUACUGGAAGUACGACAAACGGCGGCUGGAGGAACGCUACCCACGUUCGACUGAAAUCGGCUUUCCCGGGGUGCCCUCCGAUAUGGACGCAUUGCUGGUCGUCACCCGCGGCGGAGGUUUCUAUGCUUUCAAAGAUCAGCAGUACUGGUUUUACGAUACGCGAAAAGCGAAACCAGUCGAGUGGUACUACCCGAAGUCGACCGAUGAAUUCGCGGGGUUCCCCAAGCAGUUGAGCGCUGCGCUGGUUACGCCGGCCGGCAGGAGAUUUAUCUUCAACGGCUUGCGCUAUAGGGAAAUCGACGAAACCAGUAAGGUCAUCGGUAGGGAACGGGACGUGCGGCAGGAUUGGUUCAAUUGCUAA